AUGACGAUUACAUCGGUGGAAGCCCUUCUGCCCGGUCGCUUUUCGAUUAACUCUUCGACAAAGAGUGCUGCGAAGGCCCCGCCAACGCCCUACAAUGUCCAAGAACCCCCUUUCAAAGGUUAUCAUCCGCCACAGCCUGAGGGGUAUGAGAAGAGCAGAGCCAAAGCAGAUACGAGCGCUAUAGUGAUUGACAAUGGUUCUAGUUUGGUCAAAGCUGGAUGGUCGUUUGACAAAAACCCACGAUUUAUUAUCCCCCCUGUGAUGAGUCGGUAUCGGGACCGAAAACUCAACAAAGCUUGCCAGUUUAUUGGUUAUGAUGCAUAUGUGGAUGCUACAACUCGAGGCCAACUGCGCUAUGCUUUUGACCCUGGUACUAGUGUGGUCGGCAAUUGGGAUGCUAUGGAGGGAGUACUAGACUACUUGUUUAUAAAAUUGGGGGUGGAUGGAGCCAACGGUGGCGUCGACAGACCCAUCGUAAUGACGGAGCCUAUUGCGAAUCUCAACUACCCCAGGCGUAUGAUGAAUGAGAUAUUGUUCGAGUGCUACUCCGCCCCGUCUGUGGCUUACGGCAUUGACUCCCUCUUCUCAUACCGAUAUAACCGUGGGACCGAUGGCUUGAUUGUUUCUUCAUCUCAUACAUCAACUCACGUUAUCCCCGUUUUGAAUUCCAAAGCGUUGCUCUCGAACUGCUCACGCAUAAACUGGGGUGGAAUGCAUGCUUCAGAAUACCUACUCAAGCUCAUGAAGUUGAAGUAUCCAACAUUUCCUGCUAGGAUGACUGAGAGCCAAAUGGAGGAUCUGGUUCACAAGCAUUGCUAUGUUUCUAAGGACUAUGACCGCGAGCUUGGAGGUUAUUUGGACUGGACGGGCCUUGAAGACAGAGAUCACGUUGUGCAGUAUCCGUUCACAGAGCAUGUUAUACCGGAGAAAUCCGAGGAAGAAUUGGCGCGGAUUGCAGAGAGAAAAAAAGAGAGUGGACGCAGGUUGCAAGAACAGGCAGCUAAAAUGCGCCUGGAGAAGUUGAUGAAGAAAGAGCAGGAGUUAGAGUAUUACAAGGAUCUACAACGAGGUCUUGCAUCGGAAACUAAGAAGGAAGUAAGGCGUAUCCUCGAAGCGGAAGACAUGAAAGACGAAGCACAUCUAGAGAGAGUGAUUCGAGAUCUCGAACGGUCUAUCAAGCGAUCUAGGAACCGCGAUCUUGGGGUUGAAGAGAAUGAGGAAGCUAGCGAGGAAGUGUCUUUUCCUUUGCUGGACGUCCCAGAUGAGGAGCUAGAUGAGGCGGGUUUAAAAGAAAAACGCCACCAGCGGCUUAUGAAAUCUAACAUCGAAGCUCGGCAGCGGGCAAAGGCAGAAAAGGAACGGGAGAAAGCUCGUCAGGAGGAGGAGGAGCGACUUGACCGGGAGAAGCGAGAAAACGAUUUCGAGAAUUGGCUGGCCGAAAGAAGAGCCGCUCGUCAGAAUGUCCUGCAAAAAAUCAAGGAACGUGAUAGGCUGAAGGCAGAUCUCGGCAAUCGCAAGUCGCUUGCCAGCCAAAUGCGUAUGAAGACUCUCGCGAAUCUCGCCGCGGACGGUCCCAAAAAGAGAAGAAGAGGUGGUGAUGAUGACAACUUUGGAGCCAACGAUGAAGACUGGGGUGUCUACCGCACUGUGGCUACUGGGGAGCAGAGCGACGAAGAGGAAGAAGAGGACUUUGGAGGGAUGCUCGAGACAGUCGAGAAGGAACUCCUCCAAUACGACCCGGAAUUCACCGAGAACCAUACGCUUGCAGCGCAGUCCGACUGGACAAAGAGUUUAGUGCACAUGUUCUUACGCGGGCCCUGGCCGUUUGAUCCUGAAAGCCAGCGUGAGGCUCAUCAGCUGCAUUUGAAUGUCGAGCGCAUCCGAGUCCCCGAAGUUGUCUUCAAGCCGUCCAUCGCUGGAAUUGACCAGGCGGGUCUGAUUGAGGUGGCAGCGGAUGUAGUGAACCAACGGUUCUCUAACCCCGAGGAGCAGGACAAAUUGUUGCGUGACGUAUUCUUCACUGGAGGCAAUACCCUAUUCCAAAACUUUGAUGAGAGAUUCCGCAACGAUUUCAGGGCCUUCCUGCCCGUAGAUGCGGAGCUCAAUGUGCGUCGUGCAUCUGACCCCGUGCUUGAUGCCUGGAAAGGGGCUGCGCAGUGGGCAUCAGGGGGCGAACUGGGCAAGUCAUCGAUUACCCGACAAGAGUAUCUAGAGAAGGGCAGCGAGUAUCUCAAGGAACAUGAUCUGGGGAACAUUACCAUGUGGUAG